AUGUUGACGCUUCACCUGCGUUCGCUUGCCUCCGAGCUUGGACUGGCCACUGGCCAUGGCGACAUCCAAUGGCCAGUCGUCGCGGGCUGGGUCGGUUUGGUCUGGUAUACGACCGUGACGCUGGUCUGCUCGCUGGGCACUUAUCAGAUAUGGAAACACUGCCUCCAAAGACCCCGGAAAUCCACCACGUCCUCCUCCGCCCACCCCAAUGACACCCCACAUAUCACCGCAAUCCGGCCAGUCAAGGGCCUCGAGCCUCACCUCUACGAAUGUCUAGCCUCGACCUUCCGCCAGGACUAUCCGCGCGACAAGCUGACCGUCUACUUCUGCAUCUCCACGAAGACCGACCCCGCCUACCCGACCCUCCAGAAACUGGUGUCAGAUUUCCCGCACGCCGACGCGCGGAUCUUCGUCGAGGACGACGAUCCGCUCCUUCAUUUCGAGGACGGUGGUGGUCAUGCUGCUGCUCCCCCGGCUUACGAGCUGGGUCCGAACCCGAAGAUCCGGAAUAUGAGUCGGGCGUACCGGGAAGCCAAGGGCGAUAUCGUUUGGAUUAUCGAUUGCAAUGUCUGGGUGGGGAAGGGGGUGUGUGGGCGGAUGGUGGAUAAAUUGUGCGGGACAGCAGGCGGCAAACGGUAUAAGUUCGUUCAUCACUUACCUGUCGCGGUGGAUGUGACGGGGGAGGAAGGUCUAAAGACGAGGAGAGGGGAGCAAGAGGCGUUGCUUGAGUCCUACACCAACGGCGGGGAUGAUGGUGAUGAUGAUGCUGCUGCUGCUGGUGCCGCCGCCCCCGCCGGGCCCCUAACGACCGGGGGUGGCCGGCUGGAGGAGCUGUUCCUGUCAUCGUCGCAUGCGAAGAUGUACACCGCCAUCAACACCGUGCUCAUCGCCCCCUGCAUCGUGGGCAAGUCCAACAUGUUCCGCCGCUCGCAUCUGGACUACCUGACCGCGGCGGCACCGUCGGCACCGUCGACGACGGCCGCGGCCGCGGAUCGCCGCCGCCGCGACCCGGGCAUCGACUAUUUCUCCGACAACAUCUGCGAGGAUCACCUGAUCGGGGACCUACUGUGGAAGAGUCCGGUGCGCGAGGAGAAGGAGCUGGGCCAGCGGUGGGGCAAGCACGCAAUGGUGUUCGGGGACCUGGCCUUCCAGCCCGUGGCCCACAUGAGCGUGCAGUCGUACGUAGCCCGCCGGGUGCGGUGGCUCCGGGUGCGCAAGUUCACCGUGCUGCUGGCGACGCUGGUCGAGCCCGGGACGGAGUCGAUCCUGUGCUCGUGCUACGGCGCGUGGGGGGUCACGACAGCGCUGGCGCAGUUCCUGGGAAGGAAGGGGUACGCCGCGGCCGAGGCGGCGCUGUCCACCUGGCCCGCUUUCUGGGCGUGCUUCGCGCUGAGCAUGCUCGGGUGGAUCCUCACGGACUGGCUCGUCUACAUCAUGCUGCACUCGGGUCGCACCGUCGAGCUCGACGAGGAUACCCCGUCCUUCGUGCGACCGCCCGCUCAGGGCACCGUCACCCGUCGUCCGUUCCUGCAUUGGUUGGCCGCUUGGCUGGGGCGCGAGGUGCUGGCUUUGCCGAUCUGGGUCUGGGCUUUCUACGGAGGGGUCACCGUGACCUGGCGGGACCGUCGAUUCCGGGUCGGCCUUGACAUGCGGGUGCGCGAGAUUGUUGAUGGCGAUGCGACGACGAGCACGAUACCGGGUCUCUCGUCGUUACGAUCCAGCCCGUCGGGUGCGUCGCAGGAUCGAAACAAGACACGACGAGAUUAG